AUGGCGGAUCUUCCGGUCUUCGACGGGGCCAUUGGCAUUGACCUUGGCACCACCUACUCCUGCGUUGCCAACUACGAAGGCACCAAUGUUGAGAUCAUUGCCAAUGACCAGGGUAGCUACACCACCCCCUCCUUCGUCUCCUUCACCGACAAGGAGCGCUUGAUUGGUGAGGCCGCAAAGAACCAGGCCGCCAUGAACCCGAAGAACACCGUCUUCGACAUCAAGCGCCUGAUCGGUCGCCGAUUCGAUGACCCCAUUGUCAAGAAGGAUGUUGAAUCUUGGCCUUUCAAGGUCGUUGACCAGGGUGGAAGCCCCGCUGUGGAGGUCGAAUAUCUCGGAGAGAACAAGACUUUUACCCCCCAGGAAAUCUCCUCCAUGGUCCUCAUGAAGAUGAAAGAAGUUGCCGAGACCAAGCUCGGCAAGAAGGUCGAGAAGGCUGUGAUCACUGUCCCGGCUUACUUCAACGACAACCAGCGCCAGGCCACCAAGGAUGCUGGUGCUAUUUCCGGCCUGAACGUUCUCCGGAUCAUCAACGAGCCUACUGCGGCCGCUAUUGCUUACGGCCUGGGCUCCGGAAAGUCCGACAAGGAGCGUAACGUGCUGAUCUAUGACUUGGGUGGUGGUACUUUCGAUGUCUCCCUGCUGAACAUUCAGGGUGGUGUCUUCACUGUCAAGGCUACUGCUGGUGACACCCACCUUGGUGGUCAGGACUUUGACACCAACCUGCUCGACUUCUUCAAGAAGGAGUUCCAGCGCAAGACUGGCAAGGAUCUCUCAGGCGACUCGCGCGCCCUUCGUCGUCUCAGAACCGCUUGCGAGCGUGCUAAGCGUACUCUGUCCAACGCCACCCAGACUACCGUUGAGAUUGAUUCGCUCUUCGAUGGCGAGGACUUCAACUCUUCGAUCACCCGGGCUCGUUUCGAGGACCUCAACGCCAAGUCCUUCUCCGGCACCCUUGAUCCCGUGCAGCAGGUCCUCAAGGACUCUGGCAUCGAGAAGAGCAAGGUUGACGAGAUCGUCCUUGUUGGUGGCUCGACCCGUAUUCCUCGCAUCCAGAAGCUCCUGAGUGACUUCUUCGAUGGCAAGAAGCUGGAGAAGAGCAUCAACCCAGAUGAAGCCGUUGCCUACGGUGCCGCCGUUCAGGCCGGUAUUCUCUCGGGUAAGGCUACCUCGGCCGAGACCCAGGAUCUGCUGCUGCUUGACGUUGUUCCCCUCUCUCUCGGUGUUGCCAUGGAGGGUAACAUCUUUGCCCCUGUUGUGGCCCGUGGCCAGACUGUUCCCACCAUCAAGAAGCGCACCUUCACCACCGUGGUGGACAACCAGACUACCGUCCAGUUCCCCGUUUUCCAGGGUGAGCGUACCAACUGUGCUGACAACACUUCCCUUGGCGAGUUCACUCUGGCUCCCAUUCCUCCUAUGCGGGCUGGUGAGGCUGCCCUCGAGUGUGUUUUCGAGGUCGACGUCAACGGUAUCCUGAAGGUCACCGCCACCGAGAAGUCCUCCGGCCGCACUGCCAACAUCACUAUCUCGAACGCGGUUGGCAAGCUGUCAAGCACUGAGAUCGACCAGAUGAUCGAUGACGCCGCCAAGUUCAAGUCCAGCGACGAGGCUUUCACCAAGCGCUUCGAGUCUCGCCAGCAGCUUGAGUCCUACAUCUCCCGUGUUGAAGAGAUUGUCUCUGACCCGGGCAUGUCCAUGAAGCUGAAGCGCGGCAACAAGGAGAAGAUCGAAUCAGCCCUCAGCGAUGCCAUGGCCCAACUGGAGGUCGAGGACUCCACCCCGGAUGACCUCAAGAAGAAGGAGCUGGCUCUGAAGCGCCUGAUAACCAAGGCCAUGGCUACGCGGUAA